AUGGAUCGUCUCACCGAUCAGUUUGACGGCGGGAGUGGCGCCGGCAGCAGCCGCUGCUCGUUCGACGAAUCCUUCUUCGCUGCCUCGGCAUCGGCGGCGGGAGACAGCAACGUGGUCGUGCCGCCGCACCAGCUACGCGCAUCCGCCGCCGCCGCCGUUGGAUCGGACGACUAUGUCAAAGCGCUGGAAUCCCGAUUGGACCGCGUCGAGUCCCUUAUCAAGGCCUCGGGCAUCUUGGACGGCAAGCAGGCCGCCCCCGAUGUCGCUGGCCAUGUCGAUUACGAUGUCGAUAUCGAUGCCCUCCUUGCCGACGCGGGCGAGUCGGCAGACUCCGAUCUAUCAAGAGGGGGUACCAACAAGAGCCAAGACUUCUGGAAGCAUGCCAUCUGGCAGACGAGACGGCCCAGAUGGAUCAGCGACAUCAUCGAGGACGUCGUGACCCGCAGCCUCGGCCCGCCCGUGUCACUCAGUGCUCGCGAAAACCACGUCGAUGCCCGUCGCUUCAGCCAGUACGCCCAGCUCCCGCCCAUGGAGGACGUCUUGUCUCUGGUCGCCGAUUUCUUCGCUGGUGUCAACAACCUACUCCCCUUGUACCAUGAGCACACUUUCAUGCAGCACUUGUACGAGAACCUUUCCCGCCCAGCCGAGUCGGCCGGCUGGUUGGCGAGCAUCAACACCGUCCUCGCUUUGGGUCACAUCUCCCGCUUGAGAACCACUUUCAUCUCCCAGGAGCAGGAGAGGGAGGCUUGGAAGUACAUGAAGAAUGCCAUGGCCAUUCAGAGCGAGCUUCCCGCGCUUGACUUUGACCUGCUCAGCGUUCAGGCUCUCAUCGGAAUGACGAUAUUCAUGCUCCUCACAUCGUGCAAUUCCCAAAUGCCUUCGAUGAUGCUCGCCACGGCCAUCAGAGUCGCACAGGGCAUCGGUCUUCACGUCGACUGCAACGACCCGCGCAUGAGCGAGAUGGACAAGGAGCAGCGACGACGAGUCUUCUGGAUCUCUUACAUCUUCGACCGGGAACUCAGCAUCCGCACCGGCCGCGCCCCCAUCAUCCAAGACGCCACCGACAUGUCCAUCUCCCUCCCCACCGACAACCCCUCCGACGGCGGCAUCGGCCACAUCGGCCCCUUCAACAUGUUCCGCGCCCGCUGCACCUUCGCCCAGAUCCAAGGCAAGAUCUACAAGCAGCUCUACUCGGACCACGCCUGGGCCCAGCCGCGCCGGGACGUCGUCCUCGACGCCAUCACCGCCCUCGACGCCGAGCUCGAAGCCUGGCGCCAACACAUCCCCCCCGACCUGCGCCCCGGCGGAACCGGCCCCUCGCCCUCGUCCUCGUACCCAUCCUCCUCGUCCUCUUCCUCAUCCUCCUCACCCUCGUGCUCGUGCUCCUCCCCCUCCUCCCCCUCCGCCACUUCCACCACCUCCACCACCACCUCCCCCUCCUCCCGCCCGCUCCUCCCCCCCCUCCCCGCCCCCUACGACUCCAGCAUCCUCGUCCUCCACUUCUGCUACUGGUACGCCUUCUCGCUGCUCCACCGCCGCUACGCCAUCUGCAUCAGCGUCACGCGCGACUGGCCCGCGGCCCCGGCCUCGGUGCCCCCACUCCUACAUCCACCACACCCGUCGCACUCGCACCACUCCGACCCCAUCGUCUCCCCCACCACCCCCGGCGCCCACGUCACCGCCUCCGCCCGCGCCAUGGUGCACCUGCUGCAGUGCCAUCCGCCGACGGCGAAGGGGACGCGCUGGUACCUGUUGUAUUACUGCGCGGCGGCGCUGGUGAAUCUGUUUGGGGAGGUGGUGGAUAGGGCGACGGCUACGACUACGGCUACGACGGCUACGGCUACGACUGCGACUACGGGAGGGGGUGGAGGUGAAGAUGCGGAGGUGCAGGGCGAUUUGGCGCGGAUGCGCGACGUGUUGGGGUUCAUGGCGGUGGUGUGCGAGGAGGACAAUCGGGACGCGCGGCACAUUUUUGGGUUGUGCGGGAAGAUGGAGGCGAUUGCGGUGGGGUGUGUUGGGAGGGCGAAGGCGGAAAGGAAGAAGGAGGGGCAGGAGGGGGAGGGGGAGGAGGUGGCGGCGGCGGCGAAUGGUGGGGAUGGUGGGGAUCGAGAGGAGGGUGGGCGGCGGUGGUGGAGGGAUGAGGAGGUCGUGGCGAUUCAGAGGCAAAUGAGGGUGCAUGGGAGGUUCUUCUCGCCGGUGGAUGUUUGA